UUUUCCCGUUCUUUUCCUUCUUCUUCUCUCUUUCAAAUUCUCUAGUCCAUUCUACUGAAUUUUCUCUGCAUCCAAUAGGUUAGCUUUUGUUAGUUGAUUAUAUACAUUGCUGUAUCGAUUGCUUUAAUCUUUGUUUUAGGUUGCUGAAGAAUUAGUAUUAUUGGGUGUAAAUGGAGAAGGGAGGAAAAGGGUUUUCACUUCCCAGUAAAGGACUAAAAUCUUCACUCAAGUCCACUCCUGCUAAGGAUGGGAAGGAUGACAGCUCUGCAAAGUCAAAGAGGGGAAGGAAAGUUCAAUUCAAUUCUGAAGGUGACAAGCUUGAUUUCUUAUCAAAAUCUGGUGGGAAUUUUGAUGCCACAGCUGUGAAAGGUAGUUUGAGCAAGGGGGGUAAAGGAGACAAGACUUCGAACGGUGUGAAGGCUCCUUCGACUAAAGAACCUCAACCACUUGAGCUGAAAGUCGAGCAGGAACUUCCUAAGAAUGUCAAAUGUCUGAUGGACUGUGAGGCUGCACAAAUCUUAUUAGGAAUCCAGGAGCAGAUGGUUCUACUGUCUCGAGAUCCCACAAUCAAACUUCCUGUCUCAUUUGACAAGGCCUUGAAUUACGCAAAAACCGGUGCCCGUUAUACAAAUCCCCAAUCUGUUAGAAGAGUUGUUGAAAGCCUCAAAAAGCAUGGUGUCACUGAUGGGGAGAUAUGUGUGAUUGCUAAUGUUUGUCCUGAGACCGUUGAUGAAGUUUUUGCACUAGUCCCAUCCUUGAAGUCAAAGAAAAACAUGCUUAGAGAGCCUAUCAAAGAUGUUGUUGAUGAGCUAGCUAAGCUGAAACAGCAGACAUGAUUCCCAUCAAGGAUGAAUAGUUGAUGCAGGUUGCACCCUGUGGAUGCAGCUUGUGCAUUCUGGACUCACAAUAUGGGAAGGCAAAGCCAAUGUUUUUGUUACAUGUUCUAGUGAUGAUUGGCAUUUGUAUAAACCCUAAAGACUAUUAACUUCUUGAGGCAGGUUUAUGAGUUAAAAAUGGUUUUAAUUCCUCA